GGCUUCAUGAGACCACUGAAAUUCGAUGCACGCGAUGGCACGUGAUGGCAUGUUGUCUUCCCAUCGCUCGCUGGCGAACAGAUGCCGCUAAUUCAAGACAGGACAAGACUACUGUCACCUUUGAUGCAUGGUCCAUUCUCUGCUUGCUGAAGGACUAUCCCGGUCUCGCGAGCGCCACAGGCUUCUCGCAAUCUGUCACGGUCUGGCGCCUCGUCUCGCGCCUCAAGGUGCUACCUUUGCGGCACUUCCUCAUCGUCGUGCCCCAGAAAACGCUGGUCCCUGUGUGGGCCUCGCUGCUCGAAGGCCUGCCUCCGGAGACUCUCUGCAGGGUGCUGCCCGCACUUCUCAACGAGGUUGAGGUUCACCCUACACUGGCCGCCGUGAUGAAGGUCGUAGAGCCGUCGCACAUGCUGGAGAUGCUUCGGCGGGUGCCCCCCGGCCACCUGGUGUCCGUGUGCAAAGCGCCUUCCGAGAAGCUCUGCGACUUGCUCAGCAACUUGGAGCACGACCAGGUGCAUGAAGCGCUUCUGCCGAUGCUCCUCGAGCCUCAGCAAAUCAUCGACCAGGGCCUGGUGCCCGUCUUAGUUAAUACCCACGACGCCAAGCGCUUGGCGUCCAUCAUCAAUCUGGUGGACAAGGAGGUCCUUCUUCAUCUUUUGCGGCACGUGGACGGCGAAAAGCUGGCGCAGCUGGUGAAUGACUUUGAGGAAGACAAGGACUUCUUUGCGGAUGGCCCCAUCAUCAGGCUGCUACAGGAGGCUUCCAAAGACUACAAGCUGCUUCAGGACAAGGUCGCGCCCUUGAUGCAGCGCGUGGACGCAGUCAAGACCGUGCGCCUCGUGAGCGGUGUACAGCCUUCCAAGCUCCUGGAGGUCUUGCGACAGGUGGAUUGUCCCACGGCGCUGAUCCUUAUGUCCAACGCCAACGAGAACUUCGUGGUAAACAUGCUCUGUGGCCCCUUGGAUGGUCUUGUGUCGGCCACUGCCCCCGGCGUGGCCGAGGUCAUGAAGCUCAACGCGCGCAUCGCUGCUGCUUUUCGGGCUGAGCGCCCAGACCAGGCUGCCAAGCUCCUGGAUCCCGUGGCCACGCAGGAAAUGGCGGUCAUCGCUCAGGCUGAACUGAGAUGAGAAGUUGUGUGAUCCUGAGUGUACAGCAGAACGCAGGGAUCAAAUUUGGAGCAAAGC